AUGGAGGGACGGGUGCGAGAAGGAGUCGGUAGGGCGAGUGCCAGCAAGAACCCAUCGGUAGAAGCGAGAAGGUACGACGGACGAGGAGGGGAGACGAGCGAUGACCCUCCGUUAGCACACGAUACCCCGCACAAGGGACCAUACAAACGCACCAAUCUCGUCGAACGGGUUCUACACGUCGCAACCCAACACCAGUACCACCACCAACCACAGCGGAUGGACCACCACAACCAAUCCACAACACAACACACACCACCACCGAAUUCACAAAACAAAAACCGAGUAAAUCCCAAAAGAGUGGUCGGGGGCAUGGUUCAGGGAGUAGGGAGGGGUAGGUGUCAGGGAGGUACCGCGACCGUUGGGGGAGGUUUGGGCAAGUUCCAUACAGGUGUCGUGGUAGAGGUGUGGUAUAAGCAGUUCCGGGGUACCGCGUUUCAACGCCAUAUCGUCCCAAAGAAGAAGACGACGUUUGUUCAAGUCACCAGUCCAACGUCCAAGUUCACCGUCCAACCGCAAAAGCACCAAAAAUCCAAACACCAUGGCACGUAUUCAAUAGACGAGACGAGGCGUACCGAAAAACAAGAACAACAAAGGAACACCAAGAAACAACCCAACGAGAGGACAGCGACGACGAGGGACGAAAGGUUCCCGCCGGUCGUCGGUUCGGACGGGACUUUCGGAACGCGUGGGGUAAUGCGGCAGGUUGCUCCCACGAUCGCGCCCCAUGUGUUUCCUGCGCAGACGUCGAGAGAUUAUCUUAUCUCUGGGGGAGGAUCUUAUCUUUCGAGCGCUUCGCGGUUCAUCAUGAACUUGAAGGCCAAGCACUGA